AGGAUAGCCUGUAAACACCAUCGAAGAAGAAGAACGCGAAAGUGGCAAGACAGGCAAGCACACAGCAGAAAAGCUUGAAGGUGACGUGCUGAAAUAGCAAGAAAUCUCUUCAAAAAUGUUGCAGGAAAUGUUGAGGGAGCGGCUCAUUGCGGCUGCUGAUGAAAUCUAUGGCCUGUUUGAAAAAACCAUCGUGUCGUACGAAGAGCAACUCGCUCGUGCGAGAGAGGAGAACGAGCAGCAACGACGACAAAUGGAAGAUAUUUGCAAGUCUCAAACGACACUGCACAACCAAGAUGUUUGGCAGCUGAUUGGUCACGGAGAAGACUUUGCCCCACAACCUUGGUGGGGAAGCUCUUCUCUGGAGCAUCCACAGCCCCAUCAUGUCAAGGAGGAAAAGGCAGAUCCAGAGCCUUCCACCUUCAAGGAGGAAGAGGACAAUGCACAGCCCCCACGUUCGAAAGAAGGAGAAAAGGAACAAGCUGACGUUUCUCUCACUGUUCUAGCUGUGGAGAGCGACAGCAAUGACAACGACGUGGCCGAAGGCUCAUGGCUUCCUCGUCAUGGUCCAAGUAGAGAGCACCGUGGAGGAGCGCCGGCAGAGCAGCUCAUGGCAGCACUGUCACACUGUGACGACAUGCAAGCUACAGUUGACACAGACAGCGAGGGUGAAAAAGAGACGACUCCUGACGAGAAAAAUGCUCAAACGGGCGAGAGAUCUCGUACUCACAACGAACGUUUCCGCUGCUCCGUUUGUGGUCAAGGAUUUCUUUAUGAGAGCACUUUGAAAAUACACAAGCUGAAACACACGGGAGAAAAAUCAUUUUCGUGUUCCCUGUGUGGCGAAAGCUACUCUUACCGGUACAAUUUGAACGUACACAUGAAGAAGCACAGGGGAGAAAAAGCAUUUAGUUGUCCAGUCUGCGGUAGGUUUUUUAACCAAAAGGAAAAUUGGACUGCACACAUGCAAACACACAGGGAAGAAAAUAAUUUGAAAUGCUCUGUUUGUGGCCAAAUAUUCCCUGAUGAGGCCAUGUUGGAAACACACAUGAAAACACACACGAGAGAAAAACCUUUCACAUGCUCCAUUUGUGAUAAAGGUUUUUCUUACAAGGGCGAUUUGAAAAGGCACACAAGGACACACACAGGAGAAAAACCCUUUAGCUGCUCAGUUUGUGGCAAAGGUUUUAUAACGCGGCCAAAUUUGAACGUACACAUGUGGAAACACACGGGAGAAAAACCUUUCACUUGUACAAUUUGCGGUGAGAAAUUUGCUCAGAAGAUCACGUUGAUUGCGCACUCAGCAACGCACACGGGACAAAAACCUUUCACGUGCUCAGUUUGUGCUAGAAGCUUUUCGUAUAAGCACGGUUUGACUGCACACAUGCGGAAACACACCGGAGAGAUGAGAUUGUAGUUGUUCAUUUUGUUGUGAAAUAAAAAAUGUCUGCAAUCGUUGAAAAAUAUGAUAGUCACUGAAAAUGUGAAAAUGGAUGUCUUGUAAAUUUAACAAAGCACAGAGUAGUUACGUAACAAGCCUGGCAGAUUUCAGCCCGCUUAACAGUCGGUCAGAUACGACUUCUUUCCUACGCCUGCAAAACACUACGUGCUUGAGCUGCGCAAAUACUAUAUUCCCUUAAAGCCUCCGGUGGUUGCAACAUAUCCCUGUUGACUGUAAAUUAACAGCAACAGUUUAGCUGUUGGAACACAGCAUUUGAUUUUGGCCAAACGCCAUUUCGAUUCUAAAGGAAACCUUUUUCGAUACCAUGGUGAAAAAAAAUCCACCAAUUCACUUCUUUUAUUUAAAUGUUCAAAAAUCAACUAUUGCAAUACACUUGAGUGCAAAAUAAUACAUACUAAUGCAAUACAUACCAAAUACAUUAAACUAUACCUUAUGCAAACUGAGAAUUGUAAACAUUCAAAUAUUUAACACAAUUUUAAAAUGCCACCUGGGAAUUGUAAACAUUCAACUAUUUCAAGCACAAUAUUUAAGUGCAAACUGCAAAAUUAAAUAAAAAUACAUCCUCAACCACACAUUUUAAGAACAUGUUUUGAACACGGCAUUAUUAAAAGAAAAAAAAAACGGAAAUAUUUUGAGUAGAAUUCUGAAUUAUUUCCUCCAAAGCCUCUGUCAUGUUUUCUCCUGUGUGGUCUGAGUGGAAUCCAGCACACCCAAGACACAAGCUCUUCAUUUCCCAGCACUGGCUUGUUAAUUGCACGGUUACUGCCAUGUAAGACUCUGAUGCCCUACUUGUGCAUAAGUCUGUGGUGCAUGAAUAGUGUGGUUUUAUUUCCAAAUUUUCAAUGAUUAUUUGCUUUGUGGCAGCAUAAUAAAAUCUGAUAUUUCAGAGAAUUGUGACAGUAUAUCAUACCUUAAUUGUUGAAAGCCAGGUUUCUCCACGGUAUGCAUGGACCAGGUUCCCAUCUAUACCGUGGUGAGUUAGUUGGUUACUCUGCAACCUGCAAUCUGUUCAACUUUUUUGCCUCUACUGACUUUGACAUGUUUUCUCUGAUGUUCAAUUAAAGUGGGUACAGUUGGGCGGAAGGA